AGACGUAAAGAGAAUAGCGGGCUGAAUUAAACAAGUUCCGAGUCUCUUGCAAGUUGCUAAUAAUGUCUGCCCCAAAUUAUUCUUUUCCAUAUAUAGAUAGUCCUUCUCUUUAGCCCUAUCUAUCUAUAGUGUGCGGACGUCGUUAGUGCCUCAUCUCUUCUUUUCUCAAUUUCAUUCAAAUAUAGGAAUUUUAAUAUAUUCUAUUCUUGAAUUAUUUAUUAGUUUUCAAACCCUUAUAUAUAUCCGAUCUUCGAAGCUAAGGCAUAGUAUUAUAUUAUAUGAUGAGUUUUUGCAACAAAAACGUUCACCCUUUCUUAAAUUUAGCAAACGCCAAAGACAAUGGAACAGUGUUAGACUUUUCCCUCCCUCGCCGAAAUAUUUUCACCGGCGGUUCAAUUGACACUCAAAAUCCAACCAAUUACCUCGAGUCCACCUCCAUGACACCGCCUACCACCGCCGGCGAGAAAAAAGAUCCCGGCGGAAUUGGGUUCUUAGACGAUGUUGGUGGAAGUGUUGAUGGACUAAUGUCUUGUACUGAGUCUCUAGGUUUCGAGAGCUCCGAUGAGAGGACAGUGGAUGAUCAAAUUGAGGAUCAUGAUCAAGAUGAUUUCAAUCCUAGGAAAUCAUAUAUGGCUAGUUAUUCUAAUUCAAGGUGCUGGCAAAGAUCAAUUAAUUCGGAGAAGAAAGAAAUUAAGAAGUUUCCGCCGCCAUUAUCAUCCUUAAACCAAGACGGAAAGCCAAAUUUCUUCAUGCGUGCGGUGAGAAAAGAUGGAAGGUUAGAGUUGACAGAGGUGAAAAUUGGUCGGCCCGAAACUCUCCUUGCUUCCCGCCAAGAUGGACGGCUGAGAUUACAUCUCAUUCGCGAUGAAGAAGAAGAGGAAAACGAAGAUUUUACCCUGGAAAGAGAGGAACACCUAGACGAUGAAGAAGAGAUGAUUGAAACAGUUGAAGAAGAAGAAGACAAGGUUGCAGAGUGGAAGUUUCCGGUGACAAGCGGUGGCAGUGGAGAUGGUGUUCGGAGAUGUUACGGUGGCCAUCACCAUCAUCGUCAUAACAACCACCGCCAUGAUUUACAUGUGUGGAGGCAACACUGUGUCACAACUAGCUAGUUAGGUGAAUUAAUUUUUAAUUAGAAAUUUAUUUUAUAUUAAAAGAAGUGGGGACAAAGAUACAUGGCCAUGCAUGUGAAUAUGUUUUCUUCUUUCAAGUCUGCCAUUUCAGGGGAAACAAUGAAGGAAAUUCGAAUUGAGGGCUUGCGGCUAGCGGCUAGUGGAAUUUUCGUAUAUUUUUUAAAAUAAAAUUAAAGGCCUCGAAUUGCUAGAAAUUGGGAAAAGCAUUGGGAUUCUGUCUUGUAUUCCGUGUGUGGUGACUGAUGUAUUGGGGAAGGGAGAGAGAAGAGAAUAAUCAGUCUUACAUUUCUGAAAUUAAAUGAAAAGCAAAAACUAUUUUCAGUUGAA